AGAAAACGUGUACAUAUUGUAAAAGUUUGCACUGUUCACCUUCACAUUAUAAAGACUAUGGCAAGUUUCAUCUCUGCUUCAUCGCUGUCAUUGUUUUGUCAGCUUCUGCGUCUAAUACUGUCUGUAGAAGUGUCGGAAACAGGAAACAGGAAAGUCAACAGUUUAAUUAAACACCAGUACACCACAAACCCAUGAUUCCUUUGUAUGAUCAAUCCCAGGUACCCUGCAGCUAUCGUAAGCUACAGACUGAGCCAAUGUAGUAAUGAAAGGGUGGCAAAAAUGUCUGUAUACAGCAGGUGCUAAUGAAUGGGGACAAGCAGCCACAAUGCAUGUGUGCUCUCUUCAAUUAUCACCAACGUCUCUUCAAGUCAUUUUCUCCUCAAAUGAUCCGAAGUUGUUGACGCAGUGUAGGGUGAACAAACUUUUUCCAAUCUACAAUACAUGCUGAAAUGAACACAUAAUCUAUGAGAGAGGAACAUAGGUAAUUAUGGACUUUUCUCAAGGCCUGUUUUAGUAAAUGAGUCACCUAGCUGCUGGUGUUAGAGAGCCAUGUUUACAAGAGGUUUCCUGUCUUGGUGAAGACACUUUUCUUUUCUUUUCUUUUUUUUUUUGUUAAGAGUAAUCCUGCACUUUUUUUUCCUCCUGAUCCUGUUCCAGUCCGGCUCUGAGCUCCAGCCUGCACUAUAGUCUCAUUACAGCCAAUUGGAUUAGUACAGAGGAGGGACUCAGCCCUUGUGUGUGUAUAUGCGUCUGUGUCUGAGGCUUAAGGCCAAAACAGCCCCUCUGUAGUGGUGUUACGUAAGUGAAAGGAAGAAUCUUUCCCCUUUACUGGCAUCGUUACUCAUCCUGCUGAAAACAAAACUGCCCUCCUGCGCUGUUUUCCAUAGUUUUUUUGCAAGGGAGGUUUCCAGAAAACUCAGCAAAAUUGUUUGGUAUUCGGAGAAUCAUUCCGUUUCAAACAGUGUUGGGAGUAAAACCGAACAUGUGGGUACAUGUAACAACAAUUAUCGCUGAGGGAAUAAAAUAUAGUGAACCUGGAUGACUCAUGACUGCAAUCCUGCCAGUCGACCUGUUGAGAGACGUGACCCGUGUCGGAGCCCAGCGAUGUGGAUCUGCAUGGUUUACAAUGAGACGGACACCAGCGUGGACUUCCGGCUCUGCCAGGACUAUGGCCUCAUCCUGUCUGUCCUCUCCCUCAUCUACCUCCUGGUGUGCUUCCCAUUGGGGCUGUGCUAUAAUGCACUGCUGGUCGUGGUCAACCUCUCCAACAAGGUGUCCAUGACAAUGCCGGAUGUUUAUUUCGUCAACAUGGCCAUAGCGGGCCUUGUGCUCAACCUGGUGGCACCUGUGGAGCUACUGAGCUCCACCUUCACCCGCUGGCAUGCGUGGGAGUACAGCAACGACGUCUACAUCACCCUGCUCAUCCUCUUUAACAUCUCCUCUCUGGUCAUCAUGUACUCCACCACUCUGCUCAGUCUGGACUACUAUAUAGAGCGCGCGCUGCCACGUACAUACAUGUCCAGCGUGUAUAACACCAAACACGUGUGUGGCUUCAUCUGGGGCGGGGCGGUGCUUACGAGCUUCUCUUCGCUGCUCUUCUAUGUGUGCAACCACAUCUCCACUAAGAUGGUCGAGUGCUCCAAAAUGCAGAACAAGGAGGCAGCAGACGCCAUCAUGAUGUUCAUCGGCUACGUGGUUCCAGCGGUGGCUGUUCUUUACGCCUUUGUGCUAAUUUUGCGCAUUCGGAAGGAGUCUACACCUCUGGAUCAGGACUCGGGUCGCUUGGACCCUUCUAUCCACAGACUGCUGCUAGCCUCAGUCUGUGUGCAGUUUGUACUGUGGACCCCGUACUACAUGACCCUAUUGGUGCACACUGUAGCCGGUGCACCAGGGUACAUUAGCAAUGUACAUUAUUUACCUACCUAUUUUUUCUUAAGAUGUUUGUCUAAACUGCUGGCUUUCUCUAGCAGCUUUGCGAUGCCUCUCAUGUAUAGGCAGAUGAACAAAAACUUCUCCAACAAGCUUCAGCGGCUGCUCAGGAGGCUGCACUGCAGAGACCAAUCCUGUCCUCACGAACGCUCAACAGUGCAGCAAGUGGUGACGUGAGAUCUCCCCCCCCUGGGAGAUUACAAACGCCCCUCCCACUCCCCCUUUUUCCACCUCCUGGCCUAGCCGGCACUUAUCUCCUCCCCUACAGAGCCAGUAUCUGCCUGGGCUCUCUCACUGCUCUGGACUGUGUUAAAAGCGACGUAGCUCACUGUGGAAUUUCCUGUCACCUUCCAGAACUUGAUCUGAUCUGUCCAGUUCUGCAGUCGAGAACUAAACCAAGCAAAAACCACUAAGUGCUGUCAUUUUUUUUUUUUUUUUUUUACCACAUCAAGUUCUCCACUAAAGACACUUGGGCUUCUAUUUUGAGGGCAGUAAAUUGGCACAUUUGACUCAGUGUUUUCACUCAGACACGAGCAAAAUAUCCUGGUAGCAAGGGAUUCCCGAGUGCUACUCCGUCACAGUGGGGGCAGCCUCCCUGACACGGGGGUGUUAUGAAUAUUGUUCUGACAGUGUGCAUGUUUGACUAAUGCAUGACUGCCUAAAUGUCACAAUAUGUUACAAUUUCAGUCCCAAUCAGAAUAAUUUCCAAAUGAUUCAUAGCACACAAGCAGAACCAAUAAGCUCUAAACUUUAAUUAUCAGGUGAUGGAUGGUGGUUGGUAUAUCAACAGCUCACCAUAGAGAAAAUCAGUGUUUACUGCGCUCAAACUAGAGGAUGGAUCACUUGAAUGAACAGUUCUACCUUUGCAGAGCUCCAUUUUCUUCACUUCUCUUUACUUCAAACGUGUUGAGAGUGAUUCCUCAUUAUCACACUUAGUAAUCUUCACUUUGAGAAAGUGCAGUACAAUGUUAUUGCUCUCCCACAGACGUAACUUCAUUUUCUAAAGCUAUUUUCUUUCUCAGUACCAGUACUGUUACUGUACAUCUAUAGAUGUAAGCACUGGUAUGAAGAGAUGUCCUCAUUUCACUUUUCUGAGCUCUGAGGUUUUGAUCCACUCACAGGCAUGAGGCAUAUGUUAUAAGCUCCACAACAAAUGUCAAGGAAUACAUUAUAUGAAAUGUACAUCGACACCACUUUGAAUCAAUACAGAAGUACAUGAAAUGCAUACAUAAAUCUUAUAUUCAGGGUUCAGACAUAACCGGUAUACCUCUUGUGAUCUCUAGUGAAAUCACAUCACCUGUUAAAACCAUAAGCAGUUGAAAACAACUCAUUAAUCUGAGCAGAGAGCCUCAAGGCAGUAUGUGAUUUGUCAAGCUAUGUUUUGCCUCUGCUGGAGUUACGCAUGGAGAGCCUCACGCAGGGUCAGUGAAGUCCCCACCGGGUCAAGAGAGGGCCCGGAGGAGGUGGCAUAUACAUUCCCUCGAUUGUAUGAGCACUCAUGAGCGGUUAGGAGGGUCUGUCCAGUGGAAACGUGAAGCCUGACCAAGACACUCUAAAGGCACUAACAAAAACCUUCAUAAAGUAGAAAAGAAUUGCCUUUCAAGCACCUGCAAACAGUGUGUUUGGUGCAGAGUUUGAACUGUAAUGCUGCUCCGAUGCAUAAAGAUAAUCUGCACAUUAUUGGUAAAGCUGCUUUGCUUUCUUGCCUGCCAUUUAGUAAAAAGAAAGACUAAUAGUUUUUUUUCUGAUUGAGAAGGCCAGUUUAUGAAAAAUCCUGUGAACAGACAGGGUGGGGCAUUCACUUGAAGAGGAAUGGAAGGUGGGCACACUGUUAUAUUCCACUCUCAGACAAUAAUAAAUCAUAGUUACUUAUAUUUGUAGACGGUUUUAAAUUAAACCUUCAAAUAAACAGUUUCAUGUGAAUACUGAAAGUCCAUUUGACUUUCUCUGUCAGAUUUAAAGGAUUGCCAGGUGUAUUAACACAGAUGUGAUGGUUUUCAUGCAUAUAUGAAGUUAUUAUUAGGAUUAUAACAUUAUAUCACAUACGCAUAUUGUAUUUUCUUUUAAAAUCUCGUGACUAGAAUUGUAUUUGUCUAUGAUUGAGGUUUGAAACAGUGUCCAACAUUUUAAUUUUUGCUGCAUCGCCCCACCCUCGUGUGCGUAGAUUCAAUCAGUGAGACGUACUGUUUAUUUUCAACUGAGGCUCUGUGUUUACAGUAUGUGCUGCCCCAUUUAAAAAAAGAAAAGGCUUGUACGUAUCGUGACACAGUUAAUCAUUAUUUGAGUUCAGUUCAAAGUCCCAGUGCUUACUGUUCAUUUAGGAUUGGAAAGCAAACAGUAGUGCAUGAUACGUGGUUUGACUCAAAGCUGGUUAGUGUCUGAUGGUGGAAUUUGAAACUACAUUUACUAAGGUGGUGUCCAUAUCAGCCCCAAAUUAGUGCUUUAUAAUGAUGUGUCCUCCAACUAAAAACUCCCAACUAUUAUUUAAUCAACAGGUCUUGCAAUGACAUUUGAAUUAUAGUGAAUAUAAUUUAAUUUCCCAUUAAUUUUUGUGCAUGAGACAUCCAACUAGAAUGCUCCAGACCAAACUCAAAAUUGAAUAUAUUCAUGGUAAUAAUAAUGUAGAGUUAUGAGCGUUAUGGCCAUUUUAAUUUAACCAUGUUAUUACAGCGCCACCUGUAGGCAAAAUACCAUCAAUUUCUUUGGCAAGGUUUCAUAUGAGCAUAUGCCAUCUCCAUUUGGUUGCAAUUACACAAAGAAGUCCACACUUUUAACGCCACAGACUCAUUAGUGUACCUUUGCAGGUGACUUUUCAUCAGAUUUCACUACGUCAUUUUUGCCAAGAAACAGGACCUAAAACAAACUUUAGCAAUCGCCACAAAUGGACUCAUGCCAUGGUGCACACAACUGGCAAAUAAAGCUUGCACUCAAAAUCACAUCCAACUCAGAUUACUGCUCAGGUCUGACUUUGGUUUAUUAUUGCUGAGGGGCCAUAAUCUUACACCAGUGUGAAGAAAUCUGAGUAAUAAUCACUGAGUUCAGUUAAAUUGCUGAAACAGACCAAGUGUAAAAACAAUCUCAAAGCUCCCACGUGUCGAAUGUAUGCAGAUGCAUUUUAGCUAUUUGAACGGCAAAACCUCACUAGUCCAGAUGAAUCCGCUUUCGGAUAUGAUGCUUUUGUGACUGUGUAUGCAAGUGUAUGUGUAUUAUACAAAAUAAUGUGUAUAUAUUGUAUGUGAGAGAUUUACAGGAAGAUACCAUGCUUUUUCAAAAAUACAGUAUUAUUUUCUGAGAGAUAUAUUUAGAUUCUGUAAGUAAUCUACUCUAUUGUCAACUGAGUCAAAGACUGAUUAAACAAUAAACUAACACAGAUAUUUCCGCG